AAUACAAAAGCGGAGGGUGAAGAAAAGAAUUUUGUGCUGACGUGGCAGGCGCUUCCUUAUGAAUAUAUAGGUUCGAAGGGAAAUCAAAACUCCCAUUCUCAAUCGACCUCUAGGCAAGUGUUUGGGUGCGACUUGUGGUUGAACUCCAUGGACUCCGACGUGAUGAUGGUACCCGCCGGUGAAGGAUCUAGUCUUCCAGGACCUUCUUCCUCUUCAAAGAAACCAAAGCGUUUCGAAAUCAAGAAGUGGAAUGCCGUCUCUCUCUGGGCUUGGGAUAUUGUGGUUGAUAAUUGCGCGAUCUGCAGAAAUCACAUCAUGGAUCUGUGUAUCGAAUGCCAAGCUAAUCAGGCAAGCGCCACCAGCGAGGAGUGUACUGUUGCUUGGGGUGUCUGUAACCAUGCUUUUCACUUUCACUGCAUUAGCCGCUGGCUCAAGACUCGUCAAGUGUGCCCUCUUGACAACAGUGAGUGGGAGUUCCAGAAAUAUGGUCAUUAGAGAUCUUUUGGAAUGGACGGACGCCACGAAACUUGUCCGUGGCCAAGGUGGCAAGUCACCACAAGUGUGCACACCAUCCCAAUGCCUUGUGGUGGUCGUUGUCGUGAUGGAUUGUGGUCACCACCACAUUUGA